AUGAUUUAUUUCUUUUUUUUCCAUCUAAUUUCGUUUUUCCUUUCUUUUUCCUUCCUUUUCUUUUUCUUUCUUUCUUUUUUUUUUCUUUCUUUCUUUUUUUUUUCUUUCUUUCUUACUUUCUUUAAGAUUAUGGAUUUUUCUCUAUACUUUUAUUUCUUUUUAUUUCUUCGGCCAGCCUUUCAUUGUUUACUUUAUAAAUUAUUUUUCUCGUUGCUACUUUCUUUCGUUUAUUUAAGAUUAUGCAGCAUUCCCUCUGCUUCCCCUCUCAUAUUUUUCUUUCUUUCUUUCUUUCUUUCUUUCUUUCUUUUUUUCUUUCUUUCUUUCUUUCUGAUUUUGUGUCAUUCCCUCUACUUUGAUUUCCUUUUCUUUCUCCUGCCAGUCUCACAUUGUUUCCUUUCUUUCUUUCUUUUCUUUUCUUUCUUUCUUUCUUUCUUUCUUUCUUUCUUUCUUUCUGAUUUUUUCAUUUUUUCCUUUCUUUCUUUCUUUCUUUCUUUCUUUCUUUCUUUCUUUCUUUCUUUCUUUCUUUCUUUCUUUCUGAUUUUGUGUCAUUCCCUCUACUUUGAUUUCCUUUCCUUUCUUCUGCCAGCCUCACAUUGUUUCCUUUCUUUCUUUCUUUCUUUCUUUCUUUCUUUCUUUCUUUCUUUCUUAUUUUGCGUCAUUCCCACUACUUUGAUUUCCUUUCCUUUCUUCUCCCAGCCUAUCUUUGUUUUCUUUCUUUCUUUUUUUUCCAAUCCAAGUCUAUUUUUGAUUGAUCUCGUAAUUUUUUAUUCUUCCUCUUCUUUACAUUCUCCCUUUCUUUCUUUCUUUCUUUCUUUCUUUCUUUCUUUCUUUCUUUCUUUCUUUCUUUCUUUUCUUAUCGCUAAUACCUAUCUGUCUAUAUCUCUGAGAUGA